CGAGAAUAGAAUCGAAACCUCAAGUCCAUGACAUGUUGAGCUAGUCAAAAGUCCGACUUGGCGGCUUCAAGAUGUAAGAAUGGGGAGAAUUGAGAGGCAAACGGAAAUUCCAAGGAUAUUCCGAAGCGUCUCGAAGCAACAGAUCAACAACCCAAUCACAACACAACCUCUUCGCAUUUUCAGCAAGCCAACUCACUUUACCCAUCACCAUGAAGUUCGCUCAGGUUCCCGUCGUCCUCGCCCUCCUUAUCCCUGCCAUCGCGGCCAUGCCCGCCGGCGAGGCAGUAGAUAUGACUGAGCGUUCCGAGAACAUCAACACCCUAGAGGCUCGUGCCUGCGGUGCCGCUGGGUCCUGCAAGGGCGUUGGUGGCGGAGACCUCUGCAACGAUCGUUGCAAGAAGUGCAAGGGCCCCAGUGGAUACUACAAGAAGGGAGAGUGCGGUGGCCUCGGCUGGCAGCGCUGCUACUGCUACUACGCUUGAGCAGGAGAAAGCUGCGAGUGACCAAUCGCUUGCGAGGGCGUCUUGACCCGCGUUACAAGUUGUCUGUAUGGUAAAGAGGGGAGUUGCGGAAGAAAGAUUGUAUAAGACCGGUCGUAUUGGCUUCAUGUUCUUGGCGGAUGAUCAAGC